CCCACUGCAGCUGGAUAAGCCAAGCACUAACCAGCUCGACCCUCUCUUACAGAACAGGGAUUUGAAGAUUGCAUCCUCACAUUUGUAAUCAGAUGUAGGAGAGGAUUAUCCAAAGGUCUCCUCCAUCUUGUUCACAGCCGGGGGCUGCUGAAACAAAGGAGGAAGCGUGGACUAGGAUACUCAGUGAAUGGAGUGUAGUUAAAGAUAGAGAGAGGGGGAGAGGUCACCUGUGGAUGUGAGGAGGGGAAGGAGGAGGAGGAGGAGGAGGAGGAUGAAGGCUUUCUGAGGAACUGCAUCCAUCACCCAACACAUCAGAGAGCAAAAGGAGAGGGGCUAAAGGUAGAGGUUUAGCAGCAAGUAUUUCAAUGUGAAAGGUUUUCCAUGGCAGAGGCUGGGCAUCCUGUGUCAGAGCUCUACCCACCAGGGGAAGCUGUUUCUUUGGAAUCUACCCUGUUCGAUCAGUCACUCUUCAACACCUCGAGUUCAAUACAGGCAACAACACCCUCCAGACUGGCUGGAGGACCAGGUAACAGCUGCCAGGAGGAGCCACAGGAGAUCUGUAAAGAUCAUUCAGUCAGUUCUCCUACCAGGGAAACUAACUGCAGCAGUCUGAAUAUCCAUAGGGAGCCUGGUGAACAAGACAAAAGCCAAUCUGAACGAUGUGUGCCUCCCAAGGCCUCAAGCCACCCCCAUAGUCUGGCUGAGACGCAUACACCGUCACAUCACCACGACACAGUUGUGAAUGCAAUCAGUGACAGCCUUGUUGCUGGUAGGACAGGGCAGAACAUAAAGUCAGCCUCUCUACCUGUUCACAGGAGUCACUCAGAAACCUUACCUGUGGUUAAACAGGGAAUGCCCCCCCAUGCUCCAGUCAAUGAGACUUGUGGGCUUGCUUACCAUGGAGAUAAAAGUGUCCAAGAGGCUGAGAGUCACUCCAUGUUAGCCUGCAAGCAGUCCAUGCAGCUGCAGCAGUGCAACAUUAUCACCACUACCUGCCGAGGGCCCAGCAGUGGAGAAAGUGAUGUACAGCAGCCUCAGAGCAGGUGUGUCUGUAUCUCGUCCCCUGAGGCAGCAGGCAAGGUGGAGGGUACUGAAGAAAGGAGCCAUCUUCCCCAUAAAUGUGACAAGGCACUCUGCUAUGGCUCUUAUAACCAUCAUGUCAAUUUUGAGGACACAUUUGCUGCCUACUGUCAUCCCCAACCCAUCCCAGCCCCCUCCCAGCUGCUGCCACGCCUGGCAGGUGUAGAGCCAACCUGUGACAUCCAGCGUACAGCGGCACCUCCUUCAGCAAUGAACCACCUCACCCUGCCUCGCCUCAUCUCUUCUGUCAGUGAAACAGGCCUGGAUGCCAAGCACCUACUUCGGUGCUGCAACCUUAACUGCUCUUGGAUCAGCUUGCUGCCCCCUGGUGCUGGGCCACAAUCCCCAAAACACUUUGGUGGAGAAGCGUGCUGCAGCAGUCCUGUUGGCCAUGUCAGAACCAUAACCCAGGACAUGGGGACAAUGACAGCCCACAGAGAGCUGAGGGAUGUUGGGGUGCAGACAGGACAGAUGGUCACACCUCAUGUGUUCCCCCAGGUCUGUCUGGCAGAGGAGAGCAAGAGUGAGACCUCCUGCACUCAGACUCUGAAAACCAACAGUGACGUAGGCAAGAAACCGGGUGGGGCUUCCAAGACCCCAGUGAAGGAGGUGAAGUGGGAUGCAGAAGGGAUGACAUGGGAAGUGUACGGGGCCUCUGUGGACCCUGAAGAGCUGGGCUUGGCCAUCCAGAAACACCUGGAGCUGCAGAUCAAGGAGACGGCGAGUCAUGCGGCUAAACUGUCUCGCCAGAACACCAACACCUCCCAGCAGGGCAGGAAUGGUCAGACAAAGAUGGGCAGAAUGAUUGGCUCCAUUCGAACCUCAGCCUGCUGCUCACGCAGCACUACAGCUGUUGACUAACUGACUAGCUGACUGAUGGACGGGACAGAGCCUGAACACUGUGUUAGGUAACUAGUAAAGGUGCUGACACACCAAACCGACAUCAAAGAACUAGCGGCAACAAAAGCCAACUGUUGCGUCGUCUAUGUCACCUCACGUCGCCUGUGUCAGUUCCAUUUGAACGCACUACAAAGACUACAUCCAACGGCCAAGUAGCACGUACGUUCUGCGCCUGCGUGAG